AUGCUGCCACCCAACUGCUCAGUGGUGCACAGCCACGCGGUGGAGGCAGCCACGGCCGCGCUGCUGCUGCUGGAGUGUGCCCUGGGCGCGCUGGGCAACGCCGUGGCGCUCUGGACCUUCUUCUUCCGCCUGAAGGUGUGGAAGCCCUACGCCGUCUACCUGUUCAACCUGGUCCUGGCGGACCUCCUGCUGGCCACCUGCCUGCCCUUCCACGCCGCCUUCUACCUGCGGCGCAAGACCUGGGGCCUGGGCCGCACGUCUUGCCAAGUGAUGCUCUUCCUGAGGGCCCAGUGCCGCGGGGCGGGCGUCGCCUUCCUCACCGCCGUGACCCUGGACCGCUACCUCCGGGUGGUCCACUCGCGGCUCAAGGUCAACCUUCUGUCGCUGCGGGCAGCCUGGGGCAUCUCGGUCCUGGUCUGGUUAACGAUGGCAGCCCUCACCCACCAGAGCGUGUUCCUCUCUGAGGCCGAGUGCCCCAGUUCUGAGCCCAGGAUGGAGUCCUCCUUCAGCCUGAUCUGGCAGGAAGCGCUCUUCUUCCUCCAGUUCAUCCUUCCCUUCGGCCUCAUCCUCUUCUGCAGCACCGGAAUCAUCAGGACGCUCCAGAGGAGACUGCGAGACCCAGACAAGCAGCCCAAGCUGCAGAGGGCCCAGGCGCUGGUGGCCGUGGUCGUGGUGCUGUUCACGCUGUGCUUUCUGCCCAGCUUCCUGGCCCGCGUCCUACUGGCCAUCUUCCAAAGGACACACACCUGUGGGGUCCUGAGCGCCAUGGUGCACGCCGCGGACGUGACCGGCAGCCUCACCUACCUGCAGGGCGUGCUGAACCCGGUGGUGUACUGCUUCUCGAAUCCCACCUUCAGGCGCUCCUACCGCAAGCUCUUCUACACCCUCACCCUCAGAGGCCGAAAGCAGGAAGCAGAGGCUCCGGGCUACGAGCUCAGAGACUCCUACUCCUGA